CUCUCUCAUUUAGGUACCUUAUUUUGGCAUUUCUUGGGGAUCCACCUCCCUAGACCAUGCACACACACACACACACUAGGGCUGCACAAUUAAUCGGAUUCACAUUGAAAUUGCAAUAUGGAUAAGAUCCAUGUCACGUGAUAUUUUGAAAGGCAUCUCAGCCCAGUGUAACGGAGGUUUUUCUAGUUAUUUUCCUCUUGCAGUGGCUUCCCCCACACACCAAGCAGCACCGUUCCUCCUCCUCGCUGGUAAUUACUAGAUGUUUGCAUGCUGUUCUGUUGGGUCAAAGGCAGUCAACCGAUUGUUCCAAACAAGAACUAUGCUGCUUUCAACUUCCCUUCUUAAAUAAGUCAUUCUCUUUCUAUGAUUCCGGCAGUUCAUCCAAGUGAUUUGAUCUUUGUUCCACGUCAAAUUGCAAUCGUAAUAUUUGGUUUAAAAAAAUGAAAGUCCUUGUUUCACAGUCCUUUUACCAGAGUUGUCUUGCACAAGGACCAACUGAUCCUGGACAGUUUCCAGUAUGUGUAGCCUAGGUCUAUGUUUUCCGGCUCAGCCUGUGCCUAGACAGACAGCAGUUUAGCUCAGCUGGGCCAUCACUCCAUUCCUCUGAUACUAUGAGACACUAGCACAGUGCAUCAAUGUUGAAUGGAGACUGUGGCUAUAUUUAUCCAGCAGCUGUAGCUAGGCUUAAUAGCUGGGCUGUGGGCCCCACAAAAAUAAAUAUUUAUGGAUCUAAUGGGUUAGCCGUGGUAUGGAAGCACAUCGGAGUUCUGAGGCAAAUUUCCAUCCACAUAAUCUCUGGUCUUCAACCCUAAAAACAGCCAGACAGUAGGAGUUGCCUAUUAAUAGCUCUGUUCUUUCCUGCUGCUGCUCUUUGGAACCAAAUAGGCCAACAUGGAGAACGCUGCAGCGGCUUAUGGCUAGUCAACAGUUUUCCACUUAACACAUGGAGCUACAUGGAGCACUCAGCUCUGUUCCAAGCUAGUCUGUGGCCCAUGCUGUGAGGUAACUCCCGGUGAAGUGUUAAGAGGACCAAAGCCAAGAUUAGCCCCCGAGAUUGGCUGAUUAGCCCGUCGACUGGCCAAUCAGUGCAUGGCUACGUGGAUAUGUGAGAGACAGCGUUUUUUGUGUGCGAUUUCUUUGAGACAUUCGCCAGCCUACACACGUUACUAUUAUCAGCCGAGAGAAGAAGCAGGGAACACGAGACCAGAACCAUUUGAUGGAAGAAAAGAAAAAGAGAAAGCAAGAAGAAAAGAAAAAGAAGGAAGCUGCUCAGAAAAAGGUGUGACGUCAUAUGGUUCUUGUUGUUUGGACACACUUCUAUCAUACUACCUCAUACAGCACCAACCCCUGUUUUUAUCAUACUACCUCAUACAGCACCAACCCCUGGUUUUAUCAUACUACCUCAUACAGCACCAACCCCUUGGUUUAUCAUACUACCUCAUACAGCACCAACCCCUGUUUUUAUCAUACUACCUCAUACAGCACCAACCCCUGUUUUUAUCAUACUACCUCAUACAGCACCAACCCCUGGUUUUAUCAUACUACCUCAUACAGCACCAACCCCUGGUUUUAUCAUACUACCUCAUACAGCACCAACCCCUGGUUUUAUCAUACUACCUCAUACAGCACCAACCCCUGGUUUUAUCAUACUACCUCAUACAGCACCAACCCCUGGUUUUAUCAUACUACCUCAUACAGCACCAACCCCUGGUUUUAUCAUACUACCUCAUACAGCACCAACCCCUGUUUUUAUCAUACUACCUCAUACAGCGCCAACCCCGGGUUUUAUCAUACUACCUCAUACAGCGCCAACCCCGGGUUUUAUCAUACUACCUCAUACAGCGCCAACCCCUGGUUUUAUCAUACUACCUCAUACAGCACCAACCCCUGUUUUUAUCAUACUACCUCAUACAGCACCAACCCCUGUUUUUAUCAUACUACCUCAUACAGCGCCAACCCCUGUUUUUUCAUUACUACCUCAUACAGCGCCAACUAGAGGUCGACUGAUUAAUCGGAAUGGCCGAUUUUUAAUUGGGGCCGAUUUCAAGUUUUCAUAACAAUCGGCGUUUUUUGACACCCAUUCUGGCCGAUUACAUUGCACUCCAGGAGGACACUGUGUGGCAGGCUGACUACCUGUUACGUGAGUGCAGCAAGGAGCCAAGGUAAGUUGCUACCUAGCA